CAUAUUUAAACCAACCACACCCUUUCGUAGUUAUUUAUACCUACAUAGUAUGUAUAAAUAAUUUCCUUACAAACUCGCGCGUGUACAUAAAUAUUUGUUUUUUAAAUAAAUUGUUCUGUGCAUUUAAUUAAAGUGUGAAAUGUUUUCGUAUUGAAUAAAAAGUGUCGACUUCCAUUCGAAAAAAUCAUCCGCUCUGCCAGCAGCACUCAGUUCUACUACAUUCCGAUGUUAUGAUGGGUCCGUUAGAUGCGGUUUUGAGUUGUUUUUGCAGAAUGUGUCAGUCAACAUGUUGUAGUAGCUCCCAACCGCCGCCCAAUUUGACAGUAUUAUCGCGACAUCAACAACAACAACAACACCAGCAGCAACAACAACAACAACACCAACUCUACCACUCACAAUCGGCUGCUAUU